AAGGGGCCCCUUUCCCAAAAUGGCACGAACACCCGCUAGUCUCUGGCUUCUGGUGUUCGAGCUCCCUUGGGAUCACGGCCUGAGAAACAGCUGCAAAAACCCCAAAAUGGAAGCUUUGUGUUUUUGCUGUCCUCAAAGGCAACUUAUCUAGCUGGCUUUAUUUUUACAUGGGUUUUAUUUCGGAGUCAAUGCAACAUUAAUCUGGUGUCUCCGGACGCUCCGCUUGUCACCAGAAGGCUUUCUUCUCCUGGUAGCGUGGACAACGCAGAAUGCAUUUCUUUUUGUUGUUUUUUAAGGAUGAUGGCAAUCUUAUCGAGUGAAUAAUAGCUGGAUUCACCACGCAGCCAGCAGAGAGUCUGAAGUAGUAGAAUUAUGGAUUCCUAUCUUCCUAGUCAGUGUGUAAUUACUGAAAUCUGGCAGCCGGCAGGAUCUACGUGACGGAGCCAGCUGCUUGCUGCAGCCCCCCCACAAAUCUGUGAAUUGGAUCUUUCACUUACUGGAAACCUACCAGGAGAAUGCUUGGCUCCGAGAAAUCUUUUGCUCCUUUGUUCAUCAGAAAGCCAUUAGAAAGCUUCCUCAAUGUAGCUCUCAAUCAACCGCAGAAAUGGUCAAUAGUUGCUUAGCAUUUUCUCGACAGGACCUCGAUCAUCAUUGUGAUAGUCUUGGGGCAGGCGCUUCCCAGGGAACAGCGCUGGCGGAGGGAAGAGGGCAGCGUGUUGGAACAGGAGUUGCUGAGACGGCUAGUCAAUCCUCUCUCGCUCCGCUUCCCCCGGCCCCGGCCCUCCUCGAAGGCCGUGGGAUGCAAAUACAAACGAGACAACAGGCCAAACACAGUGUUUCAGCCCCGAAAUGCACUGAAAAGAGAGAGGUGAGGUUGGAGCGAGACACCAGACCGGCAUCUGCUUUGCUGGUUCUGGAUCUGGAGUGGGGAGCCAGAGGGAUGUCAUGGCGCCCACAGUAUCGCAGUUCAAAGUUUCGAAAUGUCUAUGGGAAAGUGGCGAACCGAGAGCACUGCUUUGAUGGGAUUCCAAUUACCAAGAACGUCCACGACAACCAUUUCUGCGCGGUCAAUGCCAAGUUCCUCGCCAUCGUGACGGAGAGCGCCGGCGGAGGGUCCUUCCUUGUCAUUCCUCUGGAACAAACGGGCCGGAUCGAACCGAACCACCCCAAGGUUUGCGGCCACCAAGGCAACGUGCUCGACAUCAAGUGGAACCCGUUCAUUGAGAACAUCAUCGCUUCUUGUUCGGAGGACACUUCGGUUCGAAUUUGGGAAAUUCCAGACGGAGGCUUAAAGCGCAACUUGACAGAAGCCGUCCUAGAGCUGUAUGGGCACAGCCGGCGGGUCGGGCUCGUUGAAUGGCACCCGACCGCCAACAACAUCCUCUUCAGUGCAGGCUACGACUACAAGGUUCUCAUCUGGAACCUGGACAUCGGGGAGCCGGUCAAGAUGAUCGACUGCCACACGGACGUCAUUCUCUGCAUGUCCUUCAACACCGACGGCAGCCUGCUCUCUACCACUUGCAAAGACAAGAAGCUGCGAGUCAUUGAGCCGCGCUCGGGCCGAGUGCUUCAGGAAGCCAGCUGCAAGAACCAUCGCGUGAACCGGGUGGUCUUCCUCGGGAACAUGAAGCGGCUUCUCACGACCGGCGUUUCGCGGUGGAACACGAGGCAGAUCGCGCUCUGGGAUCAGGAAGACCUGUCCAUGCCCCUAAUAGAGGAGGAGAUCGACGGGCUCUCGGGGCUCCUGUUCCCUUUCUACGACGCCGACACGCACAUGCUGUACUUGGCUGGAAAGGGAGACGGGAACAUCCGAUACUACGAAAUCAGCUCGGAGAAGCCCUACCUGAAUUAUCUCAUGGAGUUUCGCUCUCCUGCCCCACAGAAAGGACUGGGUGUGAUGCCAAAGCAUGGGCUGGACGUGUCCGCGUGCGAGGUGUUCAGGUUCUACAAGCUCGUUACCUUGAAGGGUCUGAUUGAGCCAAUCUCGAUGAUCGUGCCGAGAAGGUCCGAAACGUACCAAGAGGACAUUUACCCGAUGACUCCAGGCACGGAGCCGGCCCUUACGCCAGAUGAAUGGCUGAGUGGGAUGAACAGAGAUCCCAUACUGAUGUCGUUGAAAGAGGGCUAUAAAAAGACAUCCAAAGUGGUCUUUAAGGCCCCGAUAAGAGAGAAGAAGAGCGUCGUCGUUAAUGGAAUAGACUUGCUAGAAAACGUGCCGCCUAGGACUGAGAACGAGCUCCUCCGAAUGUUUUUUCGACAACAAGACGAGAUCCGACGGCUGAAGGAGGAUCUCGCGCAGAAGGAUAUACGGAUUCGACAGCUACAGCUGGAGCUGAAAAAUCUACGCAACAGCCCGAAGAAUAAUUAACUUCAAGGGACGUUUUAUAAAUAAACUCUUUUUGUUUAUACUCGCUCUUUAAUUUUCCUGUAUCCACUUACAAAGAAUAUGAGCCAGAAGUCAAGCGAGCUGCCAAGAGUCCACACGCUAACUGGAAAUAUGUCCUUGUAGUCUUAUCUAGCACUAAAAUGGCCUGUGCAUUAUAACUGAAAGCUACUGCAUGAAAGGAAGCUGGAUAUGUAUUUAUAUCCCAGUGUUUUUCUUGGAGUAAGUAGAGGAGCAAUUUAUUCUCUAUAUCGAAAGACUCUGGAACUAACAGGUGGGGCACAACAUAGAUGACACUUGAACUGCAGAGCAAAUGAGAGGUAAAAAGCAGCGUGCCCUUAAGAAAGCAAAGUGGUUAAUUGCUAUCGACCGUUUCCUAUGCAAAACGUGACCGAGAAUGCAGACGGGCUUCGAGACUGGAAUUAUUCACUGCACUAGCACGUAUGUCAAGGGCUUCGUUCACAAAAGGUCUCCCAACCUCCUCCUGUCCCGGCCUUUCUUUGAAGGAGGUUCGACCCCCCCCAAAAAUGAACCCCUCCCUUUUGCCAGGGGCGUUAUGUUGCCACAAGGUCAGGGAGAAGGGGCUAACAGCUCAAAUCGGUGUUUUCCGCAUGAAACUGGGACCCACUAGUCAAAUCUCCAGGUUUCAUGAUCGGUCGCUACCAGAGCAUCGUUUAGCAGGCCCUUAGGCUUACCCACCUGGACCUGCAACACCUCCAUUGGGGGGGGCAUGGGGUGCAUGCAUGCAUGUGUGUGUGGGUACACACACGUGUGCACAGCCACUGUGUAAUAUAUACAGUGUAAACUGCCCUGGGUUUUCUACAGGCAUUGGGACUGUCAGUCUGCUCUCACGAGGAGCUUAGCUGCCCGUUUCCUCCUGGAUAUACAGCGGCGCCGACUGCCAUCGUUGUAUAUGCAUGGGGAAGCAGAAAAGGAGCGUGCUGUUGCUCCCUUCCCCACGUUGAAUCUUCCCUCUCUAGGGGCGACCUCUUGUAGAAAAGAAGAUGAGCUCUAGCUUGUUAAUGGAAAUCUCCACAUUGGUGGGAAUUGCUCCCGUGAAACUCUGUCCGAGAGGCAUUUUGUGACUAUGGGAUUGUAAAUCUGGGAAGUCUGGAUGUGUAAAUCUGUAUGUCCUCCUGCAUAUCUGUUCCAAGUGAUACAAUUGCAGAGCGUUUAAGCUGCACUAUACACGCACACAUAUAUGUAUAUGUAUCUACAUAUACGUAUAUGCAUAUCUAAUGUAUACAUAUACAGUCAUGGUUUUGUGAAUUAGACCCACGAUGCAGGGACAAACACCAAAUACGGCUAGUUUGCCUAGAUAUAUUUUCACUGAAACGAAGUAGGGCGUGAACUACUCAGCACUAUCCGUGCAACAGUUUUCUCCCUGCCCCCCGCCCGCCCCGUGUUAAUUUACACUGCGCUCUGCACCUAAUGCUUUCCCUCCCUUCCGUUAAAUGUGCUGUCAUUUGCUAUUAUUUAUGCUACCACAAAAUAGUGACAAAAUAAAAUGUUUUCAAGAUACCAGAUCUUGCAAGUGACAA